UUUUAGACUUGUUGACAUUUCUUCUCCCCGGAGGAACCUUUACAAAAAUUUAGUUUUAAUUUAAUUCUUAACUUCUUCAACAUUUCGAAUUAUUUAAAUGUGCAGUCAUUAAUCAGAGUUAAAUGUUAACCGGGGGGAUUGUGGGUUCAAGGUCGCUUGCGUCCGAGGGAUCAGCCUGGUAUCGCUGCACCGAAUGCCAAGCCGUCUUCAAGCUGAAACAUCUCAUCGUCCGCCACCUCAAGACGAGGCACCUCCUUCCCGACCGACCAGAAUGGGAGCUGGAUAACAACGACGAGAAAUGUGCCACUUGGUGGGAAAGGGUCAAGGUCGAGGGCACCACGAUCACGGCGGUGGAACGGGUUGCAAAACCUAUUAUUGAUGAUACCGUCACCCCGACGUUUUCCUUACAAGAGUUCAAUGCAGCGACGACCUCAAAUCCAGCCACACUCGUGUUGUCUGAAACUGCGAAAAAAUUCAAGUGUGACCUCUGCACCGUCGACAUGUGGUUCGCGUUCAAGAAGAGUUUGUACGCUCAUCUUCUCAAAAACCAUGACAGAGGCCUCUGUAAAGUCCCUGGUCUCAAUCUGUGUCGAUUUUGCGGCUUUCGAGCGGAAACACCAUCCUUUUUGAAAGCCCAUGUCAAAACCCAUACUGGAGAACGCGAAGAAGAUGCCCGCCUCGUCGAAUGUUCGGCGCAUUGUGGGCGUGUCUUCUCUUCUAAGGCGAGCAUGAAGAAACACGUCAGGUUCAAGUGCGUCGAGGCAAAACGGCUGGGUCUCGAUGGGUCAGGCUGUGUCGCGGAUGGUCAAGUUCAAACUGGUCAACAUCACGAAGAAGUUCAAAUUAUGACGUCUCGCGUUCCAAAAACUAACCCGCACGUCCUCCGCCAAUCGGCGACUGACCUGCCUUUCCGAUGCCCACAAUGCGUAGAGACCUUCCCCACGCAAAAUCGUCUCUCAGGUCAUAUGGGAGUCCAUUCAGGUGACCUUUACCGCUGCCGAUAUUGUUCAGCCCCGUUCGCCCAUGUGCAUACUAGAGGAGCCCACGAAACCAACGCCCACAACGAAGAGUUGGGCUACGGCUACCGAUGUCCCGUCUGUUCCAAAAACUUUGCCAACAUUGCCACCAUCCGGGGUCACUAUAAAUACACGCAUUGGUUAGACUUGCCUCCACGCGAGGAAAUUGAAGGCUGGCGAAUUGGCGACGCCUCCCUGGCACAGCAGGAUGUUGAAACUGUCGUCAUUUUAGCGGAACAGGACGACGGCCAGCAUGAACACCAACCUCAACAUCACACCAUUACGGUUCAAAUCCAACCCGAUUUUCAUUCCAUGCUGCAACAGCAACAAGCUCAACAACACCUUCAACAAGAACAACAAAACCACGCCCACAACGUCAUGUCCCUCCAGCAGCACCACGUCCAGGUACAGACGCACCCCCAACAUCAAAAUCAAAACCACAACCAGCAACAACACUACAGUUUGCGGAUGCCUGUUGGAUUUGGCGUGUCACAAAUAACCAUGGGUGCUCUUAUCGGCCACAUUCCAUUGGGUGACCCAUCUCCCGGGCCAAGUAAUAACAAUAAUAAUGCUCUCAUCACUGCCAAGAAGACUCGAAAACCUCGCGCUCCACGUAACCCCAACACGACGCCAGCAAAGAAGACGGUGGGAACGAGUAAGAACGCCGCCGUAAUGGGUCGCGGAGGCGGAAAAAAGCGCAAACAGCCACUCCCACCGGCUAAAGUGGAACGCAAAAAAUUCCACUGUCGAAAACCCGGUUGUGAGGGAAAGUUCCAGCGUAGAUGGGAACUAACAUGGCAUCUCGAACGAGCACAUGGCGAGUUCACCUGCGAAUUCUGCUCGUCUCCUCCAUUUGACGCGAAAAUGGCGAUGGUUCACCACCAGUACCAAAUCCAUCACAGGGAGUUGGGCUGUUACGAGUGUCGACUGUGCGGUCGCGGUCUCGAGUCUCCUCGCGGGGUCCAAGAACACGUUGCUCUGGAACAUCCCGGAACAGAAAUACCACUCACGCUCGAGGCCAAAAUGUGGCGUCGUGGCGCAAUUCACAGGAAACGUGUUCAGCGUCCCGAACCCACCAGUACCACGACGAUGCAACAAUGAUGACUCUUUUGUUACAAGUUUUAAUUAUGACCAAAAAAAUUUUCUUGACGUUUCGUGCUUUUCUAAUUUUAUUUUUUAUUGACUUCUUGUUAAGGUCGCAUCUGUUUUUUUUACAAGGAUAAUAAAAAUAAUAGUAAUGUGUUGAUUCAUAAUUAUCUAUUGACGAAAAAUUAAUUGGGAAAGAUUCCGUCAAACCACAAUUUGACAAAAAUU